AUGGGCGAAGGCAGGGCUCGGUUCUGCUUUGGUUGGACCCGGGCUCGCUGUCAAGAACAAGACAAAGGUGUGUCGGACCCUGGGAGGGAGCCGGAAACGCGAGAGAGAUGGGCCGAACUGUUCGACCAACUGGACCUCAAUAAAGACGGUAAAGUCGACAUCAACGAGCUGAGGAUAGGACUCGCUGCCCGCGGUUUACUUCGCAGUGACGCGGAGGAGGUGAGAGGAACAGUGAUGAUGGCGGUAUUUCCAAUAGACAUGGGUAUCCCUUGGAUUAUAGCCUGCGUGGCACUAGCUAUUAUUAUACGUAUUGGCACAUUAAUUGUGUGUGUGUGUGUGUGUGUGUGUGUGUGUGUUUGGACGUGUUUAACAAUUAUUGUGGGGACCAGAAGUCUCCACAAGAAUAGUAAACGAACAAAAAUCUGACCAACUGGGGACAUUUUGUUGGUCCCCACAAGGUCAAAUGCUAUUUCUAGGGGGUUUAGGGUUAAGGUUAGAAUUAGGUUUAGGGUUAGGAGCUAGGGUUAGUUUUAGGGUUAGGGUUAGGAGUUAGGGUUAGGGUUAGGAUUAAAGUUAGGUUUUUGGGAUAAGGUUAGGGUAAGGGUUAGGUUUAGGGUUAGGGUUAGGUUUAGGGUUAGGGGUUAAGGAAAAUAGGAUUUUGAAUGGGACUGAAUUGUGUGUGCCCACAAGGUUAGCUGUACAAGACUGUGUGUGUUCUUGGCUGAGUAAGGAGUAAGAAAAUAAUGUCCUGUAGAACAACACAAACUGAUCAUACAGAUAGAGUAUGUAUGACAUAGGCCAGGGGUUCCCAAACUUUUUAGGGCUGGGUACCCCUUUUCUGAUAGCAAAUUCAUCAGGGACCCCCUCAAAAUCAGAAAACAACUCAGACUUUAGAGUGAGUUAAAAAUAGCAUACAAGGAGUUUUAUGACUGCUGCAGUGCAUGGCCAGACUUACCAAGAAUUCGGCCCUGGAAAGUAACAUUUAAGCCUCCCCUAAUUUCCUGCAAUCUAUUUUCCCAUUGGGCAGAGAGACAAUUUUGCAGUUUUAAAGCUUAAAUUACAGUGAAUUUAUGUUCAAAACAACAUUUUUAUGGAAUACAAUAAGUAUUUAGUUGAAAACUGGAUGAUUGAUGGAGUACUGUGGAUCCCUGUGAGCCUCCCAGGCCCUGUUGUGCAUUUAAGGGUAUAUUGUAGGUGAAUAAUAUCACAUUGUAUUGUAUUGCACCCAACUUCUUCCACAGACCCCUUGGCCAAAUUUGUUUAAUCUGUUGUUGCUAUCAAUUACAAAUGUUUUAAUUUUCUUAACGUUUAAACAACACAUUUUUAAAAAUAGUUUUUUCAUUAAAGGUCCCGAACAGUGAAAAUCAUGUUUUUCAUAAAAUGUGAUGAUAUUUGGAUGAAAUCAGUUCGUAGUAGGUUGAUCCAAGUAUGAAAAAUUACUGUAGCUGGUACAUUAACAAAGUUGAUCAUAAAGUUACUGGUCCUCUACCCCAUGUCAAACAUUUGAAUUCAGGAGGCAGGCAUUACUUCUGGCUUUAUGCAACGUCACGUAAAGCCGGAAAUUGUAUACACCAAUGGUAGUGUCUUAUAAUCUUAACUAAUUUAAAUAUGUAACGCCUUAAAACCAUCACAUGUGCGCAUCAUACGGCUUUGUUUACAAACUGUACGAUAGCUCAAGUAGAACGUGCCAGAACGAUAUUGGUAACUAACCCCUUUUCAUCUGUGUGGUAACUUUUAGCUAGCAAGCUACUUACCAUCAUGCUGGGAAAAAACUCACUGUGUCGUGACUGGAUGCCAUAGUGUUAAUUUAACAUUACUCUAUUUUCCGAAGAAUGAAGACAUCCGACAGCGGUGGUUGCUUUCAUUUCAAGUAGACAGGCUCAACCGAAAAUUACGAUCAUAACAACCAUGUGCAGUGCACAUUUCGAGCGAAGUUGCUUUAUCAAUUGGGGAGAACAUUUGAUGGGUCUUGCCAGGAAGCUAAUCCUGAAGAUGGAUGCUGAACCAUUAAUGACAGUGGAUCAGAGGAUCUUGCAAGCACUGACCACAAUGUAAGUAUCAGAGUUUGAUGAGUCUGACACGGUGGCUGUGGCUGUAAAUGGGCUGCUUUGAUGGUAUAUUUUCUGCAACACACCUGAUAGUCACUGUAUGGUUUUUGUUCUUCCAUCCCUAAGCCCCCUACAUUGAGUCUGAAAACUGACAGCACACAGCUGAUACGAAGGAAUGUUGUCCACAAAAUGAAUUCCGGUGAGUAUAGUAUUUGUAAUUUACCCCACAAAUUAACUUUUAACAAGGCACACCUGUUAAUUGAAAUUCAUUCCAGGUGACUACCUCAUGAAGCUGAUUGAGAGAAUGCCAAGAGUGUGCAAAGCUGUCAUCAAGGCAAAGGGUGGCUAUUUGAAGAAUCUCAAAUAUAAAAUAUAUUUUGAUUUGUUUAACACUUUUUUGGUUACUACAUGAUUCCAAAUGUGUUAUUUCAUAGUUUUGAUGUCGUCACUAUUAUUCUACAAUGUAGAAAACAGUAAAAAUAAAGAAAAACCCUUGAAUGAGUAGGUGUGUCCAAACUUUUGACUGGUACUGUACAUUUUAGAAAAUUCUACAUCUACUCGGUCUGCACAUAUUUCCAAGCAACCACCGCAUCAGGAAUGCUGUGAUACAAAAUCAGCUUUCCCAAGGCAAAGAAGGGGGGAUAUGCUGUAAAGCCUGUGAAGACAGACCAAGCGAAGUCAGACCACAGAAGGGGGGAUAUGCUGUAAAGCCUGUGAAGACAGACCAAGUGAAGUCAGCCCAAAGAAGGGGGGAUAUGCUGUAAAGCCUGUGAAGACAGACCAAGUGAAGACGGACCAAAGAAGGGGGAUAUGCUGUGAAGUCUGUGAAGACAGACCCAACAAUACUAUAAAUCAUAGUUAUUCAUUUCAAAUCAAUUGAGCAUUUCAGGCACACACAAAUUCCAAAUACAAACAUUGAAAAGUUUCACAAAAAAGUGCAUGACCAAAUAUUGCGUAUUUCAAAUUGAGUACUUCAAAAACACCAGAAAACACAUUGUAGAAUGAGUACAUUACUACAUCAACAAAUUGAUAGCAUAAUAACUCAGAACAGUAAAUACAACUACAUUAAUUUCACUACCCAUUUAACAAACAUUGCCCUUUUCAAAACCCUUACAGGCUACGUAGACAGGCUCCUGGAUCUCCUCUUCAAUGAGGUCACCCUUGAUCCAGUGCCGUAUGUGGGUAAGCUGUGCUAGCUGUCCAUCCCAGAACUCCUGUCUGCCCAGUGUGAGAGGCCUGAAUAGGAGGAAGCCAUACCUGGAUUUGUCUCCAGCUUCAAUCUUCGGGCUGACUGAAGCCAAGUGGGUGACUGAAGCCCGCUUGAUUGAAGCGUGGUACAUGGGUCCCCCUCCUCUCCCGCUCCCCUCCCCGUCCCAUCAAUCUUUGAAGUUGGUUGCAUUUCCCAAAGCCUAAGUAAUUCACUUUUACGUGAUAUAUCACAUUUUAUUUCUUUGUAUAGUUAUUUUUCUAACAUUCGGAUGGGAGAUGAGUUACAAAUUGUAUGAAUCAAUGGGGUCCUGUACACUGUAGGGUAGCCAGGUGCCUAUAUUAGGGCUUAUGGUUAAAACAAUUUUUUUAUGUCAGAUGAUGUCUCACCAUUAUUUCUCACCUUUAUUUCUCAUGAGUGUCCAUGUUGAUCAAUAUUUCAGCUAUGCUUGCCUAAUGUAAAUUAUCAAAUAAAUGUCUGAUCAAUACAUACAGUACAAUUCUGAACAUAUUGUCAUUUAUAAUGCUAAUGUAGAGGCACCAAUAAAUUGUCCAGUACACUUAUUGUAUGCUGUUUUCAUGUACAUUCCCUUAUGUCUUAGCGUCGACAGUGACUCAGGCUUUGCUAAUUCUGAUGAAGAAGUGUAUCAGUGAACUGUAUUCUGUAAUUAGAACAUUUUGCAGAGAAAAUGGGUUGAGGCAUAAUAUUUAGGCUCGGAAUGACAUGUGGCCCAUUGUUUACCUGGUCAUCAUUGACAUGUGGCCCAUUGUUUACCUUGUUACCUGGCAACGACCACAAGGCUGUUUCAAAGAGCUGUCAGUCAAGGCGAGCUCAUGAAUAUAAGCCCGUUCUGUCAGGCUUCCUGUUAGUUAGAGAUGAGAGAAAAGGUACAAUUUCUUCAAUUCUGAGCAUUUUAAUAGCGUAAAAAUAUUACGGGGGAUGUUUUGGUUAAUUCAAAGGCAAUUUUUACUUGGGAAAUAGGAUGACUGUGCGGGACCUUUAAAAAUAAAAAAUAAUACAAUUCCACAUGCACAAUGCAGAAAAUGGUCCUUUGCGGUCUAAGGCACUGCAUCGCAGUGCUUGAGGCGUCACUACAGACCCGGGUUCGAUCCCAGGCUGUGUCACAGCCGGCCGUGACCGGGAGACCCAUGAGGCGGCGCACAAUUGGCCCAGCGUCGUCCGGGUUAGGAGAGGGUUUGGCCGGCCGGGAUUUCCUUGUCCCAUCGUGCUCUAGCGACUCCUUGUGGCGGGCCGGGCGCCUCCAAGCUGACUUCAGUCGCCAGCUGGACGGUGUUUCCUCCGACACAUUGGUGCGGCUGGCUUCCGGGUUAAGCGAGCAGUGUGUCAAUAAGCAGUGCGGCUUGGCAGGGUCGUGUUACGGAGGACGCAUGGCUCUCAACCUUCGCCUCUCCCGAGUCCGUAGGGGAGUUGCAGAUUGGGGAGGAAAAGGGGUAAAAGUAAAAAUUAUAUUUACAAAAAAUAAGAAUAUGGUCCUAUUGCGUAUGGUGGUCCUAUAGAUGCGGUAAAAGGGUCAAUCGGACUUGACCAAAAUUGCCAUUGAAACGCGUGGGAGAAAGGGCUCCUCAUUGCCCCCCAGCAAAAUUACCCUACAUUUAGGCUAUUGUUUAUGUGUGUAUUUCACACUAUGUUGAGGUAAAUAUCGGAGUAUAAUACUUGUAUAGAUGUCAACCCCAACACAUGUUCAUGUCAUCAUUACCAAUCAACUGCAUUACAGUUAAAAACUACUUGGACUACAAACGGGAGUGAUCAUUUAGCAGUCACUUCUUUUAAACCUGAAAAGUGACAACUUCUACAUGUUAUGCAGCGAAAACAGCCAAAUAUAUCCAAAUUGGACUUAAGUAACCACAUUGUGGGCCUGUUACAAUACAUACAUCUUGACGGAUUUGAUGAAUAUCCAUUUUGUUAGAUCAGAUUUGUUGAAUGUGCGCCAAUCUGGUCAAUGGAACGUUCCAUUGACUCCUUUACCGCAUACUAUUGCGUAUGACCCCUAGGGAGCAAUACAGUUAUUUUUACCGCAGUCAUAGGCUGAAUCUCAAACAGAGCCCUUUAUCGAGUGGCCACUUGCUGUUGUGUUCGAUAGAGAUCACUCGAGUCUGCAAGUGUUUUUCGCCAAAAUGAGCAUUGAGACGAUGCACACUCGACGUCCCUACUUACACUUAUCAAUAUUCAAAAAUUCUAAAUCCAUUCACAAGCAUUGUCUCCCGCGACCUGUCUUGUGCAUGACUCACUCGUUCUGAAACAUGGGCACUGGGACAGAAGCAUGCUCUGAUAGACAGUGAAAAAGUUGUACAAACAAAACAACAUCUCUCUACUCCUGCACAAAAUAUGUGCAAGAAUAUCAUUGCCAGUGAUUUCAUCAGCUGAUUUAGCUUGUUGUAGCCUGCCUGCUGCUAGCUAGCUUCACUGACAAACACAGGGAUGGAAUGUUAGCUAGCUCGCUAAGGAUGUUGGGAACUGCACUGGUAAACAGCGUGUAGCUUGUCACUUAUUUACGAUAGUUUCACAGAUUGCUGAUGAAGUUGUAGACAUGUUCCCAGCAAUCAGUUCAUAUUUCAGCAUGUUUCCAAAGCACCAAUCGUUACGUUGUGACAUUGGGUCAGAAACCCAGCCUAAAACCCCAAAGAGCAAGCAAUGCAGAUGUAGAAGCACGGUGACUAGGAAAAACUCCCUAGAAAGGCAGGAACCUAGGAGAGGAACCAGGCUCUGAGGGGUGGACAAUCCUCUUCUGGCUGUGCCGGGUGGAGAUUAUAAGAGUAGAUGGCCAGAUUGUUCUUCAAGAUGUUCAAACGUUCAUAGAUGACCAGCAGGGUCAAAUAAUAAUCACAGUGGUUAUAGAGGGUGCAACAGGUCAGCACCUCAGGUGUAAAUGUCAGUUGGCUUUUCAUAGCAUUUAGAGGUUGAGAGAGCGAGGUUGAGGGGGAGGGAGACAAACAGCAGGUCCGGGACAAGGUAGUGAACAGGUCAGGGUUCCAUAGCCACAGGCAGAACAGUGGAAAUUGGAUCAGCAGCACUGGACCAGUGCUCCAUUACCCAGACAUCUGUGGCCUAUUUCAAAACUCCACCGCUCUCUCUAACUCAAAACAACACAACAUUAACUAGUGCUAUUUUCACACAUCCCUCCAACUCAAGUUGCCUCUCACCAGUGCUAUCUGAAAACUCUGUUGCUUCAACACAAUACUGAUCUACGCUUUUCUGACCUGCUUGUCCCAGUACAUGACAGGAAAGCAACACUUUCCUGGAUGAAUAUUUUAAAGGUAUGACUGUAACACAAACCUGGUGCAGCCCUGACCCCGCCUGACCUUAAUAUCACACACACACACACAUGCACACACACACACACACACACACACACACACACACACACACACACACACACACACACCUUAACCUCAGUCUUCACAUAAAAUUGUAUUUGUCACAUGCUUUGUAAACAACAGGUGUAGACUAACAGUGAAAUGCUUACUUAGGGGCCCUUCCCUACAAUACAGAGAGAAAGAAAUAGAGAAAUAAUAGAAAAGUAAAAUAUGUAAUAAUAAAUACACAAUGAGUAACGAUAACUUGGCUAUAUACACAGGGUACCAGUACCGAGUCGAUGUGCAGGGGUACGAGGUAAUUGAGGUAGAUAUGUACAUAUAACUAGGAAUAAAGUGACAGAUAAUAAACAGUAGCAGCAGAUUAUGUGAUGAGUCAAAAAAGUUAGUGCAAAAAGGGUCAAUGCAGAUAGUUAAAUAGUUAACCAAAUAGCUACCCGGACUAACUAUUUAGCAGUCUUAUGGCUUGGGGAUAGAAGCUGUUCAGGAUCCUGUUGGUUCCAGACUUCAGUGCAUCAGUACCACUUUCCGUGCGGUAGCAAAGAGAACAGUCAUGACUUGGGUGGCUGGAGUCAUUUUUUUACGGCCUUCCAACUGACACUGCAGGUAUAGAGGUCCUGGAUGGCAGGGAGCUCGGCACCAGUGAUGUACUGGGCCAUACGCACUACCUUCUGUAGCGCCUUGCGGUCGGAUGCCAAGCAGUUGCCAUACCAAGUGGAACUUGAAGCUCUCGGCCCGCUCCACUACAGCCUUGUGUCUUGCUGACAUUGAGGGAGAGGUUAUUGUCCUGGUCAGAGACCUCCUCCUUAUAGGCUGUCUCAUCGUCGUCUGUGAUCAGGCCUACCACCGUCGUGUCGUUGGCAAACUUAAUGAUGGUGUUGGAGUCGUGCGUGGCCACGCAGUCAUGGGGUAAACAGGGAGUGGCGGAUGUGUUGUUGCCUACCCUCACCACAUGAGGGCGGUCCCUUCGGAAGUCCAGGAUCCAGUUGCAGAGGGAGGUGUUCAGUCCCAGGGUCCAUAGCUUAGUGAUGAGCUUGGAGGGCACUAUGGUGUUGAACGCAGAGCUGUAGUCAAUGAACAGUAUUCUCACAUAGGUGUUCUUCUUGUCCAGGUAGGAAAGGGCAGUGUGCAGUGUAAUAGAGAUUCUGUGGAUAUGUUGGGGUGGUAUGCGGAUUGGAGUGGGUCCAGGGUGUCUGGGAUGAUGGUGUUGAUGUGAGACAUGACCAGCCUUUCAAAGCAUUUUAUGGCUACAGAUGUGAGUGCUACGGAGCGACAGUCAUUUAGACAGGUUACCUUGGCGUUCUUGGGCACAGGGACUAUGGUGGUCCACCUGAAACAUGUAGGUAUUACAGACUGGGUCAGGGACAGGUUGAAAAAUGUCAGUGAAGACACUUGCCUGCUGGUCAGCCCAUGCUCUGAGUACGCGUCCUGGUAAUCCGUCUGGCCUAGCGGCCUUGUGAAUGUUAACAUGUUUAAAGGUCUUACUCACUUCGGCUACAGAGAGCGUGAUCACACAGUUGUCCAGAACAGCUGGUGCGCUCAUGCAUUGUUCAGUGUUGCUUGCCUCAAAUCGAGCAUUGAAUGCAUACUACCGUGCUUCGAGCAUGCAAAUUGGAGCACGGGAGGGUCGGAGUAUGAGUCCAAAUCAAAGUAUGCGAAACGGAGCACUUCUCGAAUACGUUCUCUUUUUGUACAUCUUUGGAAGCAUGCAUCGAUGCAAGCUUCAUUGGAAAGUAUGCACAGAAAUAUGAUGCAACCACGUAAUGUUUUUUGCAACAUUUCUUUAAAUCAAUGACGGCCAUUAUUUGAGCUAAAGCGAGAGAAAAUAGACUUUCAUAUGUUGUAAUUGUCAUGGUGUAAUUAUGGCCCAAAUAUAUUUUGGCUGGUAAAAAAUCUGAGUGGCUGGUAGAUUUUUCCAUCUACCUGCCAUAGUGGCUGGUGGACCAAAAAGUUACUUACAGGCCAUGGUGCUGAUAUUCGGAUGUCUGACUCUUUCCGACCAUACCGACUGGACUUUCAUGGCCGGCAGUGGCACAUACAGUGCAUUCAAUAAGUAUUCACACCCCUUUACUUUUUCCGCAUUUUGUUGUUACAGCCUGAAUUUAAAAUUGAUUUAAUUUAGAUUUUGUGUCACUGGCCUACACACAAUACCCAUAACGUCAAAGUGGAAUUAUGUUUUUUGACAUUUUUACCAAUUCAUUUAAAAUGAAAAGCUGAAAUGUCUUCAUCAAUAAGUAUUCAACCCCUUGUUAUGGCAAGCCUAAAUAAGUUCAGGAGUAAAAAUGUGCCUACAAGUCACAUAAUAAGUUGUAUGGACUCACUCUGUGUGCAAUAAUAGUGUUUAACAUGAUUUUUGUAUGAUUACCUCAUCUCUGUACCCCACACACACAAUUCUCUGUAAGGUCCCUCAGUCGAGCAGUCAAACACUGAUUCAACCACAAAGACCAGGGAGGUUUUCCAAUGCCUCGCAAAGAAGGGCACCUAUUGGUAGAUGGGUAAAAAAAAAAGCAGACAUUGAAUAACCCUUUGGGCAUGGUGAAGUUAUUAAUUACACUUUGUAUGGUGUAUCAAUACACCUUCCUAACUUAGUUGCCGAGAGGAAGGAAACCGCUCAGGGAUUUCACCAUGAGGCCAAUGGUGACUUCUAAAAACAGUUACAGAGCUUAAUGGCUGUGAUAGGAGUAAACUGAGGUUGGAUCAACAUCAUUUUAGUUACUCCACAAUACUAACCUAAAUGACAGAGUGAAAAGGAGGAAGCCUGUACAGAAUAAAAAUAUAACAAAGCAUGCAUCCCUUUUGCAAUAAAUCUAUGGCAAAUAUUGUACAAUCCAGGUGUGCAAAGCUCUUAGAGACUUACCCAGAAAGACUCACAGAUGUAACUCACAGCUGUAAUCGCUGCCAAAGGUGAUUCUAACAUGUAUUGACUCAGGGGUAUGAAUACUUAUGUAAAUUAGAUUUCUGUAUUUCAUUUUCAAUAAAUGUGCAAACAUUUCUACAAACAUGUUUUCACUUUGUCAUUAUGGCAUAUUGUAUGUAGAUGGGUGAGAGAAAACAAUCCAUUUAAUCCAUUUUGAAUUCAGGCUGUAACACAAGAAAAUGUGGAAUAAGUCAAUGAGUAUUAAUACUUUCUGAAGGCACUGUAGGUGAUACAGAAGCACACAGAUAGCACUCCUCAGGUUACAUUUAAUCAGUAAUUUACGUUAGCAUAAAGGAAAUUAGCUUAGGAGAUCACUCCACCACACUCAGUAGUUUAGUUUAGCAUCACUCCUUUCACAUAGGAUCAUCCCUCCACAGCCAUGCAGAACAUUAGCUUAGCAUCAUCUCUCCACACUCAAAUAGUAGGCUAGUUUAGCUAAGCAUCAUCACCCACAGCUGUGCUUGUCCUUCAAAUCUCCUCUGGGAGUUUUCAGACACCACAGGCAAUAUCACUAGACCAGAAUGUAUUUGUCUGGGAAUGCUUAAAUAGACUUUGCUCUGAUUGUAUUUGUGUCAUGGAGGAGGGGGCCAAUUCAAAGGCAUACUUAAAGUUAUACUUGUCAUAUGUUAUACAGACAGCUUCCAUCAGCUACACUUAGAGUUAAAAUUCAAGCAUGUAUACCAAACAGAAAGUUGAAAUGGUGAGGAUAAGUGGCAGGAUAAGUAGGAGUCUCAUUUGAAUUUCAUGAUAAUAUGCAAAUCCUCCCCAUUGCUAUCUCAGUAACAAUGUCAAGGAUUUUGUGGAUUCUUGAACCACUUAUUCAUCGUGAAUAUAUUCAUAAAAAAUAUAAGAUGGACAGACUCAGAAAGACCCCCUUGAUAGGCUUAGACAAGAUUCUGAAAACGUUGCUGCCAAGAUUGAGCAAAUCUCUCCUUUCCCGUGUGAUGUGAGUGUGUGUGUGUGCGCCUGUGUCUGCGUGUGUACUGUGUGCUUGUGUGUGUGUGUGUGUGUGUGUGCGUUGGUUCAGGUCAGAUUCCAGUAGCACUUGAUUGUUACUGGAGAUUAACUGGACACUGGGCACAGGAGUGAAGCGGAUUAUGACGAGGUCAGAGUCUGGGUUGUCUCUCGCUCGCUCUCUCUCUAUACUAUUCUCUCGCUCUUUCUUUCUCACUCUUGCUCUCACUCUAUUCUCUCUUUCUCUAUCUCUCUCUUUCUCUCUCUUUCCUUCUUCCUCUCCUUGUUUGAGGAAGCACUAGAGAGGAUGAAGAGAGAGCAGUACUGCUGAUUGUUUUAUGUUUGCAGGUUAAGACCUUGUAAAACUGACCUUGUAAAGGUAACAAUGAUAGUCUUUGUUGUCAUUUCUCACGCACUCCUUCCUGCUUCUUCCCUUCACUCCCUCCAUUCACCUCUCACACCCUCAAACUAUCACCUUACCCUAAAUCUCACCCCCGGCCCCAAACCACCCCCCACUUUUUCACCUUGUCACAUCCCCUCUCUCUCUCUCUCUCUCUCUCUCUCUCUCACCCACCCCCUGUCCCCUACACUGUUUGACCCUUCACCCCUCCCUGUCUGCUAUUUUUACCCCUCCUUCUCUCGCCCCACCCCUACCCCUGCAGAUAGUGCGUGAGAGUGACACCAACCAUGAUGGCUUGCUGGACUUUGAGGAGUUCUCUCAGUACCUGUGGGCCCACGAAAAGGAACUGCGGCUCAUGUUCCACACACUGGACCGCAACCACGACGGUCGGCAUUGCCACCUCACUCACACAUGCGCCUUACGCACAUACACACGCACACACAUUUACAUUUUACAUUUUUGUCAUUUAGCAGAUGCUCUUAUCCACACCCACAGAAAAUAAGUAUUUAAAUAACAAUUAUAAACUGGGUUGUUCGAGGCCUGAAUGCUGAUUGGCUGACAGCCGUGGUAUAUCAGACCGUAUACCAUGGGUAUGACAAAACAUGUAUUUUUACUGCACUAAUUAAGUUGGUAACCAGUUUAUAAUAGCAAUAAGGCACCUCUGGGGUUUGUGGUACUUUGUCCUUUCACUCGCAAAACACUGUUUAAAUUGUUCAUACAUGCACAGAGCAUUCUAUGUCACAUUGCACUGUUAUGGUAAUUUAUCAGAAUGUGUGGUAUCACUGCAUGAAUGGUCUUUAGUAUCAUACCACAUUGUUGCAUGUGGUUCACAUAGUAGUCACACACACACACAUUUACAUUUACAUUUAAGUCAUUUAGCAGACGCUCUUAUCCAGAGCGACUUACACAUCACUGUGCUCCAACUGUACUGUAUGCCUGUAUGUACAUAUUACAUAUUGUAGGCACUGAUGGGAUUCACUGUUUAUGCAGGGCGCAUUGAUGUCGGGGAGAUUCAACAAUCGCUGCACAACCUGGGACUGGAGGUGUCCACAGAACACGCCAUCAAAAUACUACAGAGGUGUGUGUUUGUAAGCAUGUGUGUGUGUCUGUUUAUAAGCUUGUGGGUGUGUCUCUGUGUGUGUGUGUUCACACUGCUCUGUGUGUGUGUGUGUGUUCUAUCAGUAUGGACAGGGACGGCACCAUGACUAUCAACUGGAAUGAGUGGCGAGAUCACUUCCUGUUUAACCCUCUUCACAACAUGGAGGGCAUCGCCCACUACUGGAAACACUCUCUGGUCAGUCAGUACUGCCUAUCUAUGCCUUCUAUCUCUACACUCUCUGGUUUAGAACUUUGCUUGACAUGAAGUAGCACAGAUAGCAUUACAUGGAAUUUUCAGUUGAUGUAAUAAAAUGUAAUUACAGAGUAACUAUAGAAACUAAUAAUUUAGCCAGUAUCCUUUCAUUACAACUUUGGCCAUUUUCUCGAUCUCUGUUAUAUAAAUUUGGAUGCCAUUAUCUGUCAAUAAAGUUUAUUUCACUGACCAGUGUUUCUCUGUGAUUUCUCAGAUGUUUGACAUCGGAGAGCACAUGACAGUGCCGCCAGAGUUUUCCCAGCAAGAGCGCCAGUCGGGGGUAGUGUGGAGGCAGCUGGUUGCCGGGGCGAUGGCGGGGGCGGUGUCACGGACAGGAACCGCCCCCCUCGACCGUCUCAAGGUCUUCCUACAGGUGAAGGGUUACUGUUGUGUUUACUACAGAGGUUAGAGGUCAGUGCAGUGCUGAUUAGUAUAAUCAGGUGUGUUAGAGCAGGGCUGGAACAGUAGCUCUCCAGGAGGAGGGUUGGCCACCCCUGAUGUACAGUAUGUUAUUAGAGUUACUAACCCUGCUGUCUCUCUAGGUGCAUGGCUCCAGCUCUAAGGGGAUCAACCUGUGGACGGGGCUGAGGGGGAUGGUCCAGGAGGGGGGUGUACGAGCUCUCUGGAGGGGCAACGGCAUCAACGUCCUCAAAAUAGCCCCAGAGUCUGCCAUCAAGUUCAUGGCCUACGAACAGGUGAGGGAUACAAAUGUAUACAAAUGUGAGUGUAAGAGGCCCCAGAGGUUGAUUUGGAUUUAUUAUGGACCAAUGUAAGGAGAACACUGAUACACACAUUUUACAUUUAUGUCAUUUUAGCAGACGCUCUUAUCCAGAGCGACUUACAGGAGCAAUUAGGGUUAAGUGCCUUGCUCAAGGGCACAUCGACAGAUUUUUCACCUAGUCGGCUUGGGGAUUAGAACCAGCGACCUUUCGGUUACUGGCACAACGCUCUUAACCACUAAGCUACCUGCUACAAGUUCUGGUGUAUGGGGUAGUCAUUAGUGAAGCAUAGGAAUGAAGGAGUCACACACACAAUGAGGUGUGAAAUGUUGCUCACACACACACACUCUGUUUCUCACCCUGUCAGACACACCCUCACACACCCUGUGUCUCUACGUGUUAUGUCUCUGACUCUCCUCCUCCACCCCAGUGUGACUCACAUAUUCCCCCCUCACCCCCGUCUCCCCCACCUCCCCCUCACUUUGUAUCCCUGCCUCCCCCACCUCCCACAAUCUAUCCCCCUCACCCCUUAAUCCCUGUAUAUCCCUGCCUCUCUUCCACCUGCCUGUCUCUCCUCUCCCCCUGUCUCCCCUCACUCCUCCAUCCUAGAUCAAGUGGUUGAUCAGGGGCAGAAAUGAAGCGGGUACUCUGCGGGUGCAGGAGAGGUUCAUCGCUGGCUCUCUGGCUGGAGCCACCGCACAGACCAUCAUCUACCCUAUGGAGGUGAGCGAGGGGAGACAGACAGACAGAAAGAUAGACAGAUGUUUUAUCGCAUAAAGAAACAUAGGACUUUUCUCUCAUUUUCCUUCUCUUCCUUGCACACCCUCUCUCUUUCCCCUCUCUCCCUCCCCAGGUGCUGAAGACUCGUCUGACCCUGAGGAAGACUGGCCAGUACUCUGGCAUGGCAGACUGUGCCCGUCAGAUCCUGAGGAAGGAGGGGGUCCGAGCCUUCUACAGGGGCUACGUGCCCAACACACUCGGCAUCAUACCGUAUGCUGGCAUAGACCUGGCCGUCUACGAGGUGUGUGUGAGAAAGUGUGUGUGUGUGUGUGUGUGUGUGAGAGAGAGUAGGGCUGUCCCUGACCCCCAAAAAUAUUUGUUGUCUGUCGUCUAUCAACCGUCGUCUAUCGAUUGGUCAACAUUUUUAAACUUUUAUUUUUCCAUGUAUAGACACACCUUAUAUGUUUUAAUAAAAUCAACGAUAUGCACUGAGCUAGUCUGAUGCUUUAAGUGCACUGCUUUUAUUAAAUAAUUAAGACACACAAAUGACUCAAGAGGGAGCCAGAGAUCAAGAUAACCGUGGCCUCUGUAAUGGAUUAGUCCACCGAGACAGGUGUGAGUCAGACAGGUGUCUCGUCUGCCAUAAAAUAAAAUAAAUGUCGUCCAACAGCCUAUCAACCAAACAAUCAACCAGUCGACUAAAUGGGGUCAGCCCUGUGUGUGUGUGUGUGUGUGUGUGUGUGUGUGUGUCUGCCAGCUGUGUUUGAUGUUUUCUGGGAAAGCUAAUCCUCAUCACUGUCUCUGUCCCUUGUACUCAGGGGAAUGCCAGUCAGUAUGUAUGCUGCUGUUACUGUGUCCCAGCUCUCUCGUAAAAAUGACUUUUAUGUGUUUAAGUGAACUUUGGGUUUUACAUUUACUAGCUGUCAAUGAGCUGUGGUUCUCUCUACUAUGUCCUCAUUUUUUGGACGCAAUAAAAUAUCUGUCAAAUUAACUGAAUGAUCCAUCUAUCCCUUUGCUUAUUCCUCUCUCGUUUCCACUCUCACACCCCUCUACACCUCCUCUCUCUUUUCUUUUCUUUUUUCCUUGUCUCUUUCCUUUCCCCCCCUCCUCUUCUCUCUCUUCCCCUCCCCCUUUAAGACGUGGAUGUCGAUUAAGGCAGCCCCCCGCACCUCUCUGAUUCAGAGGGGUUGGGUUAAAUGCGGAAGACACAUUUCAGUUGAAUGCAUUCAGUUGUACAACUGACUAGGUAUCCCCCUUUCCAUCUCAGACUCUGAAGAAUGCCUGGCUCCAGCGGUACUGUAAGGGCUCUGCUGACCCGGGGGUGUUGGUGCUGCUGGGCUGUGGUACUGUGUCUAGUACCUGUGGACAACUGGCCUCCUACCCCCUGGCCCUCAUUAGAACACGUAUGCAGGCCCAGGGUGAGACUGGUGUACAACUGAACUACAAUUCUAACUUCUACCUUACUACAUAACAUAGAUUAUAUUACAUAGAUAAUAUAGAUUCUGUUACAUUCUAUAACAUUCUAUAACAAAUGAAUUACUACCUACCAUAUCAACCUAUUACCCUAUAUAUAUUACUGUAUGGGCUAUCCAAACAGAAAAUAUAAUUAAAAACUUGGUCACAAAAAAUUUGCAAAAUAAACUAUAUGCAGUAGCAUUUUGAUAACUGAAUCAAUAUUGUUAUCAGUUGUUCAUAGUCAUUAGUUAUCUAUUAAUAGCUAACUAACGGAUAUAACUGAACUGAACAACAGACGUUUUCUCCCUCUUUCCCUCUUCCCACCAGCCUCCACUGAGGGCGGGCCCAAGCUGUCCAUGGUCGGUCAGUUCAAGCACAUCAUAUCACAUGACGGGGUACCUGGGCUCUACCGCGGCAUCGCCCCUAACUUCCUGAAGGUCAUUCCUGCUGUCAGCAUCUCGUACGUGGUUUACGAACACAUGAAGAAGUCCCUGGGGGUGAGCUCGUAG